CGGCGGCGGCGGCGGCCGCGGCUGUGGGGGUGGGUGUGGAGAAUCCCCUAAGCCUCUGGGUUGCUUCUUGUCGCGGGGUCUACUUGGCGCAGUGUGUGGAGGAGGCGCCGGGCUGACGGUGUGAAGUGGUCUCAUCAGCAACAUGGCUACAGAUUGGCUGGGCAGUAUUGUGUCCAUCAACUGUGGAGAGAGCUUGGGGGUCUAUCAGGGAAGAGUGUCAGCAGUGGAUCAGAUCAGCCAGACCAUUUCUCUCACCCGGCCUUUCCACAAUGGAGUGAAGUGCCUCGUGCCAGAAGUUACCUUCAGGGCAGGUGACAUUACAGAAUUAAAAAUUCUGGAGAUACCAGGUCCUGGAGAAAACCAACAUUUUGGAGACCUUCAUCAGACAGAAUUAGGCCCCUCUGGUAUUGGGUACCAAGUGGGUAUCAAUCAGAAUGGCACAGGCAAGCUGGUGAAGAAGCCAACCUCUUCCAGCAGUGCCCCUCAGAAUAUCCCUAAGAGAACAGAUGUGAAGAGCCAAGACGUUGCCAUUUCCCCACAGCUGCAACAGUGCUCAAAGAGUUACGUGGACAGGCACACGGAAUCCUUGAGUCAGUCCAAAAGUUUCCGUCGUCGGCACAACUCUUGGUCAUCUAGUAGCAGACACCCAAAUCAGGCAACUCCAAAGAAAAGUGGCUUAAAGAAUGGCCAAAUGAAGAAUAAAGAUGAUGAAUGCUUCGGGGAUGAUAUCGAGGAGAUUCCAGACACAGAUUUUGAUUUUGAAGGGAACCUGGCCCUUUUUGACAAGGCAGCUGUGUUUGAGGAGAUUGAUACCUACGAGAGGAGAAGUGGUACCCGUUCCCGGGGCAUCCCAAAUGAAAGGCCUACUCGGUACCGCCAUGAUGAGAACAUCCUGGAGUCAGAGCCCAUUGUCUAUCGGCGGAUCACAGUGCCCCACAACUAUGUGAGCAAGGAGUUCUACACUGACUCGGGCCUGGUUGUCCCAAGUGUUUCCUAUGAGCUGCAUAAAAAGCUGUUGUCUGUGGCUGAGAAGCAUGGGCUGACUCUGGAGCGGAGACUGGAGAUGACAGGGGUGUGUGCCAGUCAGAUGGCACUGACCCUACUCGGAGGACCCAACAGGUUGAAUCCCAAAAAUGUUCACCAGAGGCCUACCGUGGCCCUGCUGUGUGGCCCCCAUGUGAAAGGGGCUCAGGGGAUCAGCUGUGGAAGGCAUCUAGCCAACCAUGAUGUCCAGGUCAUCCUCUUCCUGCCCAACUUUGUGAAGAUGCUGGAGUCCAUCACCAAUGAGCUGUCUCUCUUCAGCAAGACCCAAGGCCAACAAGUAUCUAACCUCAAAGAUCUGCCCACUAGCCCCGUGGACCUGGUGAUCAACUGCCUGGACUGCCCCGAGAAUGCCUUCCUGCGGGACCAGCCCUGGUACAAGGCAGCUGUUGCCUGGGCCAAUCGGAACCGGGCACCGGUGCUCAGCAUAGACCCUCCUGUGCAUGAAGGUGAACAGGGCAUCGAUGCCAAGUGGUCACUGGCUCUGGGCCUGCCUCUGCCACUAGGGGAGCGUGCGGGCCGUGUCUACUUAUGCGACAUCGGCCUCCCCCAGCAGGUGUUCCAGGAGGUGGGCAUCAGCUACCACUCACCCUUCGGCUGCAAGUUUGUCAUUCCACUGCACUCUGCCUAGAGGAGCUCUGGGCACUGCAGUCCCCUGCUGCUCUGGACACACUGAACUUGACAACGAACGCCUUAAGGAUGUGAAGCUUCAUGGACUUUGUUAAAUUUUUUCGCUUUUGGAUUUGUUACUUCUGUGAGAGAACAGAUCAUAUUUAAAAAUGACCUGUCACCUGCCCUUAGCCGGGGAAGGCUUUCCCACUAGGCGUGCGGGGUGGGCAGCAAGCAGAGUGGCUCUAGGCAUCUCUACACUUGGUCCCCUUCGUGGCUGGGUGGGGCUUUGUUUACAGACUUAGGCAGCUCACAGACUGGGUUUCAGGUUUACUGUCACUGGGGCCUGGGCAAGCACCUUGCAGGGUGGGGUGGGUCCUGUUUGGUGGCCUGUACUUGCCAGAGCUUGUGGCUUCCUCUCCCCUGCCUCCCUCGCUGGGCAGCCCCCCUUCCUAUCAUGUCGAACUGGCAGUGCUGCAGCUGUCCGCUAGAGGGUGGACUUGCACUCUGCAUUCGUUUUGAGGGCUUUGAGGCUGCCUUCCUGGAGCCCUGGCACAAGUUGAUUUCGGGGCUUUUGACCCUUUCUCCUGAGCUGAUGCAAGUUUUAUGGUGGGAUUUCUUUCAGGGGUUCUUCCUUUCUACUCCAUCACUCCUAGAGGCAGGGGAGGGGGUGACAUCAGGAUAGUUUUACUGUAUUGGGAUUUUAUACUGUUUUUCUGUUUUCAGCAUAGGUAGUAUAAGGUUAUGUUAUUGUAGAACCACAGUGCCCAUCUUGCCAGCUGUGCCCCCCAGCCCCAUACUCUCUUUAGCUGGGGUCCGAGCCUUUGCCUAGUCUGGGGCCAGAGCCCUCAGGGUGCAGCUUUACUGUUCAGUAUUGGGGAGGUCCCUGGGGGAGCCUGGUGCUGAGCCAGAAGAGGCUCCCUGGUGCUUCUUAGGCCACCACUAUCCCACCCCCCACCCCCUUGCCUGCAUAUGUCCCCCCACUUCCUUCUGCCUCCCACCACCACUCCUGUCCUUCCCUGAAGUGGUCCUCUGCAGCUGUCAUCCCAGAGCAGGGUGCAUGGCCCUCCCCUGUCUGGGCUCCACCCCAGCUCUUACAGUGUCGGGGCUUUGAACCCUUUAUGGUUGUCCAUUCAGUAGGCUUGGGGCCAGCCCCCUGUCUCAAAGAUGCCAAAACGAGUCUAGUUCUAGCUGAGCUAGCUGGUAGGGCUCAGUCAUAGGAACAUACUGCUGCUCAGAUCCUAAGGCAGUAAAGCCCUUGGACCUUCCCAGGCUUAGGCCUUGGAGUCUAAGGUUUCAGAACAGGAGCUUUGGCCUGAAGUCCCUGGCAAGGACCCUUGCCAAAAAAGCCGUUUUCAGGACUUCAGGCCUCCUUCUGUUCUCUGCCCACCCACUCUGGUUAGGUGGGGUGAGUGGGAGGGCUCACCAAGGAUCAUGGACACAGGGUAGGCCCUGGUACCUUGGGUUUCAGGCUACUUAUCACUUUUCUUAUAGGAGCAUAGCCAGGAGCAGAUGAGGCAGGGCAGAGGGCUGGUCCCUCCUUUCCUCCCAUCUUCCCUCAAACGUUCAGUUGUCUCCAGCAGUGGGAGGAGACUAUGAGCCUUGUUGUAUCCUCCCUGAGCCUCUGCUCACUCUCAGGGCCUAGAAGCUCCUGAGAUGGGGCCCUCUCUUUAGAGGCAGGGCCAUGAUCUGAGGAGCAGUGCUGGAUUACAGGCAUUGUAUGUCGUAAACAACAUUAAACAGAUUUUGGGUGCCUGCCUGUUAAUGCAGUUAGGCCCCCCAUUGGGUACAGUGAAAGAAUUCGAGGGACCCGGUGCAGUGCACUCUGCUCCACUAAGUUGCAGUGGCUCUGGAGGUGAGGGCCGUGUUAAGGGGCCACUGGGAGCUUAUGCCCAAGCCUCUCCAUCUUCUCCCUGCAGGUGGCUCUGGAGCCUCUUCCUGCCUUCAGCCUGGGCCCUCUCUAGUGGUAUUAAAGAUAAACAUGAUUCCUCUACCUUCAGUUCUUUUCAGAGGCCUCCUGCCCCCUUAGUGCCAGUCCCCAAGGGGCCCCAGUCAGGUGGUUGACUGUCACUCCUGCAGCUCUUGGGGAACUAAAAACCAGCACUUAAAAUAAAGCUGAAUAACGGAGUCCUGUGCUCUGUGGUAGAUUGCUGUGUAGGCUGUGGUGAGGUGCCACCACUCCGGCCCUAGGAGCCCAGCUUGAUCAUCUCUCCCCUGACAGCCUUUGGUAAGCCAGUUGUCAGGCACAUAGAGCCUCAAGUGCCAGCCAGGGACCGGGCUGGAAGGAUAGUAACGCUAGGUGCAGUGCGUUACUUCCUCUCGGUUCCAUGGGCUGAGGUGUCCUCCACCAGCACACACACCGCCCCCCCCAAGGUUCUUCUGGACCCAGAGGGACCCUCCCCACUACUGUCUUUUCACUGGCUAGCCCUUCCGUGUCCAGUUCACACUUCGCUCUCCACAAGCUGAACUGCUAAGAAAGACUUUAUUAAUCAGGUAAGGGAAGGAGAAGGCAAGGAGCCUGGAGACGGACACACCGGUACCAGGGGCUACAAACAGUAAGAAACACUUUAUUAUAACUUUACAACAUAUAAAUAGCUUGGGUCAAAUCUGUGCUUUCUGGCAGCUGGGCAUCAAGUCUCCUCCCCUGCGGGCUCCUGCCUUCCUUCACAUUGCACUGUUCGUUUGGUGGCUCUGGCCCUGGGGGCCCCGGCGGUGGCGGUUGGAGAAAAGGGGCCGGGUAGCCCAGUCCCGCUCUCCAUCGCACAUGGUGGCCUGCGGCUGUCAUCUGCUUGGGUUGCGGCUGGUGUGGAAGGACCGUUCCUCAGGGGUCAGGCCGGCAAAGAAGGGGUGCAGCAGGGCCUCGGCCAGUGUGAUGCGCUGGGCAGGGUCAAAUUCUAACAUCCUCCUCAUCAGGUCAAACAGCUGCACGUGCUCCAAGGAGUCUUGGAGCAUGUAACUCUGCUCGGGGACACAAGGUGCCUCAGUGUGACGGCAGGGUUGUGGGAGGCCUUGUUGCAGGGGCCAGAGGAGGCAGUGAUGCCCCCUGGAGGACUACGACUCCCCUCCAGGACAGUGAGCAGCUCCUUUCCUUUCAUGCCUGAGUAGAGCAUUUGCUCAGAGCUUGUCAGGUUACUGGGUGUCUUGCUGGCUUAGGGCCUCUGCCCCCACAUGGAAAGUCUGGACAGGUGGGUAGAAAUCACCUCUACAGAAUUUGCUUGUCCAAGCACCAAAUGCAGUUGACAGUGGCUUCCUGGCCAUGUCUACGCCUUCCCUCCCCCUCACCUCAGUCCUGCCUAGUUCUUCCCAAAACUCAGAGAGGAGAGGGACAGGAGGCAAGAAGGUGUCUCAUAUCUGGCUCUUCUGCUGUUCCCCAGUUACAUCCAUAGCCACCCUGUGGGGAAGGGGCAGGGCUGAGGGCCCCUCUGCGGUGGCCUUGGGCGCAGCCUCCCACAUAGCCAGGGCGGGGAGGCAGCCUUUAGUGGACUGGCCCGUCUCCGCUGUGUCUGCCCAGUGCCUGGGGUCUCCUUGGCACAAGUUGAGCUGGGGGGAGCCAGAAACUGACCUUCAGAGGUUUGCAGUUCUCCUUCACAUACCGGCCGUCAGAGCUGUUCUCAUCCCAAACCAGGCCCCCCUUAUAGAAGUAUUUCUGCUUCCUGAAAGUGAGGGAAAGGCCAGGUGGUAGGGGUGGCUAGACCGUGGCAGUCUGGGGAGCGGCAGCAAAGCCAGGUAGGGUGGAGGGGGUCCUAGCUGGCCUGACCCAGUAGGGCAAGUGGUCUGUGGUCUCAAGAGUGUGUGUGCUACAGGGGAGGCCGCUGUGAGCCUGGAGGGACCAGGCUGUCCCGGAAAGACGGGCUCAUGACCCAAAGUCAAGAUCAGAAAGGCCCCAAAGGCUGGCCCCGAAGGCACCACUGGGCUCCUUACCUGGUACGGUGGAUCAUGUGCGAGGGGAUGGGCCCCAGGAUCUUCUCCAUCAUUACUAAAUGUUCUCGGUUCUCAUGAGUCUGUGGAACAUCAGGGAAAGCACAAGCAGAGGUAUGAGCCUUGGCCCCCUCAGAGAAAAUAAAGGACAAAAAAGAUGGGCAGGUGCCCUCCUUGCCCCAGAAGAUACAAACCCAUCAGCGGAAUAGCAGCCCUGGCUUGUGACCUGGUGACAACCUGCCAGCCUACUCCAUCAGGCUAAGGGUGGACUUGUCCCUCCUCCCCACACCUCUGCCCAGCACAUGCCCGCCCUGGCCCAUCCCUCUCCCUCGCUGCUCCUGUCCUGGCCCUCCAUCCUGAGGCUGAGCACCAGACUCCCGGGGGGGGGGGGGGCAGGGGGGGGCGGCAUGCAGGGCAGUGCAGGGACAUGAGACAGGCCUCACCUGGAAGAGUGUGAAGCCCCGGUAGUACUCAAAAAGAAUGCAGCCAAUGCUCCAGACGUCACAGGGCUGUGCCCAGCCCAGCUCUGAAAGCCAAGGUGAGGAGAGACCAUGAGAGUCAGCCCUGUCCUCCCAGCCUAGAGGUCAAAGGGCAGCGGCCACUCUGGUUGGCAGGACUCUUACCCAAACCUCAAUAGGAGACCCUUCCUCAGUAAGGCCAAGUUGGCAACCACAUGGUGACUCUAACACUGGUCCCUGGUGGCAGGCACAGGCACCGCCUCUGUCCCCUCCCCAACAACUGUCAACUUUAUCAGGGUCAGGGGCUUUACAGUCACGCACCAAGGAUCACCUCAGGUGGGCGAUAGUGACGGGUAGCCACAAUGGUCGUGUGAUGCUCAUGGUCAAAGGUGGCACUGCCAAAGUCGGCUACUCGGAUGCUGGUGUUCUUCACUGACUUCUCCUCACAGCUCUGACAGGCAAGGGAGGCGAGCUAGGUCAGGAGUCUGUCCCAUGAGUGACUCACCCCAGAGCACAGCCCUGUCCUCGCCCCACCCUACCUUGUGCUCAUUGUAGAGUGUUUCAAACUCAGAAUUCACAAACAAGAUGUUCUCUGGCUUCAA